CACAUUAGUCGUUCAAUAUGGCGGAUGACUCGAAAGGACGUAGACGAAGAUCUCGUAGUUACUCCAGCUCUGAAGAUGAACGGCCAUCUCGUAACCUUGGUGAUAAGGUGGCCCGGCACUACAAUCAACUGCCUGAGUCAGGAAUAGAAGCUCGUAGCCAGAGCCGAAUUUUCUACCUCCGAAACUUCAACAACUGGAUCAAAAGCGUGUGCAUAGCUGACACGGUGCAGAGAGUCCGUGAUCGAAAAGGAGACGAUUGUAAGAUCAGUGUGCUGGACGUGGGUUGCGGUAAAGGUGGCGAUAUAUUGAAAUGGAGAAUUGCUCAUAUUGAUAAGUUAGUUUGUGCAGAUAUUGCUGCAACAUCAGUACAACAAUGUGAACAGCGCUACGAAGACAACCUUGAACGAGCUCGGCGAGCCAGGCAACGAAUGUUCCGUUGUCAGUUUAUCAUUGCAGAUUGCUCAAAGAAACUUCUAUCGGAAAGGUACAAGAGCCGAGACCAGAUGUUUCAUAUCGCGAGUUGUCAGUUUGCACUUCAUUACUCGUUUGAAUCUUACCAACAAGCCGACAACAUGAUAAAGAAUUUAUGCGAGCGAAUUAAACCAGGUGGCUACUUUAUUGGCACAACGCCAGACUCCUAUGAAAUUGUGAUGGCUCAAAAGUAUAAAAUGAAACUUGUUUACAAGAAGACAUUCUGUGAGUUUUUCAAAAAUAUGGUUAAAGACAAAGAGAACGAAGAAUUAGUGAGCAGAAUGCAAGCCCUGGAGCAAUAUCCUCCAGAUAGAGAGAUUGACUUGGUUAGUCAUGAUACUAAAGACUACAAACAUGCAAAGAAGUUUCUUGAAAAAAAGGGAGGCAGAGAUUCAGAUUCUUACUCAGAUUCCUCCUAUGAUACAUCAGACGAUGAACGUCGCCCCCGAAAAAUUGGUACAUUGACGAAAACUGAAUGGGAAGCCGCGAGCAUGUACAUAAUAUUUGCAUUCCAAAAAGAAAAAGAUGAAAAGGAGAAAGAAAAAGAUAAGGACCGGGAAAAAGGAAAAAGAAAAAGAGAAGGAAAAGGAGAAAGACAGAGAGAGAGAAAAAGACAAGGAAAGAGAAAAAGAAAAAGAACGAGAGAAAGCACCUGAAUCUUCUAAGAGUCCCAAGAAAAAGAAGAAGCGCAGUCGGACUCCCGAGUACAGUGAUUCAGAUCGUAGAUCAGAUGAUUCUUCGGGUGAUGAGCGUCCUCGAAAAAAGAAAGUAGCGGAGCACAAAGAGAAAAAUGAUGUUCCUGCCAAAGAAAAGUAAAUCUUUGUGUUGUUCAUCCUCACAAAAUAGUGAUUGGGUUCGAAUUUAAGUCAUUUGUAAAUUGUGAUUUUUCUAAAGAGGUGAGGACUGGGUGGCAGCGAUUAGUGUGUU